AUGAGUACCGCCCCAAUGUUGACCAAAGAGCAGCUGAAUCGAUUAAAAGUCGUCAAGAGGAAGAGUCAAAGUGUUCAGAAUGAGAAUCGGCGGGAGAUAGUCUAUCUUUCUGUUUUAGAUUGUAUGGGCUAUUCCUUUGUAUUAACACGUCCCAAGAAGACUGUAGUAAAAAGUGUUCUUCCCUUCAUUCACAUUUCCAAAAUAAUAGAUCCCAGUGGUGCAAUAGUCUUAUCUUAUGAAGAUAUUCGAACGGAGGCUUACUCUUUAAAAAUCGGUGAAGGGAAAAAAGACCAAGAACGUCGAAUUACUCAAUACGUCAAAAACAAAACAGUCAAUUUAAUGAUCGACAUGAUCAUAGGAAAUCAAUUCAUUUUUAAUAGUGAAGAAGGCCCAGUCAAACAAUAUUCAAUCAACACUUUAACACCUCCACAACGAAGAUUGGAAUUCUUCGUUAUGUUCGACGGAACAAACUGUUGGUAUUUGGACGUCAAAAAUCAAACGACGUGUGAGGCCAUCGACAUCAUUCAUAAAAAUCUCUUCGACCAAGUCACGCAAAACAAUUUCUCGGUCCCACCUUCCGCAAUCGACUUGUCACAUGUCAUGCAGUUCAUGCCGACACUUCCCGCUGACGCACAAAGCGUCAGCAAUCAGGAAAACCAAGAAAGUGAAAAAUCCGUGUCUAAACUAUAA